UAUCGACAAUUGACUAAUUGAUCAGAAGAAAAAGGCACAAAACAAAACUCUCCACACUUUGUAUUCUACAACAACACACCCAGAAGUCUAAGCCAAACAUUCAAAGCGAUAUCUCAAGCAAAACAAGAUGAUUAAGCAAAAGAUCCUGAUAAGAGUCACUAUGACAGAUGACAAAACUAGAGCAAAAGCAAUGACAAAAGCAGUUCAGUUUAAAGGUGUGUCAGCCGUGGAAAUAAAAGGCGAUCACAGGAACCAGAUAGAGGUAACUGGUGUUGAAGUAGAUAUGAUCCCCCUCAUCAAAAAACUAAGAAAGGAGGUAGCAUUUGCAGAGCUUGUAAGCGUGACCAAAGUCGAACCUCCAAAGAAAGAAGAGGAGAAGAAGGGAGGGGAUGGAAAAGAUGCAGCAGGGGGAAAAGACGGUGACAAAAAAGGUGGCGAGAAGAAAGGGACAGAUGAUAAGAAAGGAACAGAUGACAAGAAAGGAACAGAUGAUAAGAAACCACCUCCAGUGCCAACACCUGUGCCGUGUUAUCCAUGGCCUCAGGGAUACGGUGUGCCUUCCUCCUAUCCCCAGGGAUACGGUGUGCCUUCUGCUUUUCCUUACCCGUGCAAUCCCUACAAUUAUAUGGGUGAACCAGUUUUCAACCACGAACCCAAGUGCACAAUCUUGUGAUGAAAUGGAGAUUGCAGAGGAAGAUCGAUGGAGCAUGAUAGACAAUGUUUUUCUUUGUAAAGAAUCAAUGUGUUUACUUAUUUAGUCAUAUGAAUAAAACUCUGUGGGAAGUUCCAAAUCAACUUACUGCUAUCACAACAUGAUACUCUU